AUGGCGCCCGACGCCCAGAGUUUCCUGGUGCCCUUACUGGGCGCCUUGCAAGCCUCCAUCGCCGUGCUAAUCACCAUUUCCUUUGGAGUGAUAGCGGCGCAGUUUCGCCUGCUGAGCGAAAGUGCCUCGAAAGAAAUCUCACAGAUCGGGGUUAAUCUGUUUCUGCCCGCUCUUUUGAUUACGAACAUAGGCAGUCAGGUUCACUGGGACACUGUAUUGCUCUAUGUGCCGAUUGUGAUAUGGGCACUCGUCUACGGCAUCCUGUCCAUGCUGCUGGGGAUGGUCAUCACCCGCAUCUUCAAAACCCCAGCAUGGGUCACCCCUGCCAUCGCCUUCAACAACACCACCAGCCUGCCUUUACUGCUCAUCCAGUCCCUAGCCGCCACCCAGCUCCUCGACACCCUCGACUCCUCCGGCAACGCAGUCGACCGAGCCAAAUCCUACUUCCUCGUCAACGCCAUGGUCGGCAACUCCCUCACGUUCGCCCUCGGACCGAAGCUGCUGAACGUGUGGGAGGAAGCGGCUAACGGCGACAACGAUGAUGACGACGAAGAUCCCAAAGCCGCCGAUGGCCGUCUCGAAGCACAGCAGCAGGAGGCCGAGCAUGACAACGAGGAAACCUCACUCCUCCCUAAUCGCGUAGCGCGAAAACGAGCUCGUAUGACUCUUGCAACCUACGUUCGCGGCCGGAAGUUCUGGAAACGGCUUCCGAAGUGGGUGCAGGAGACGCUCAACAUCGUCCUCGCUUUUGUCAAUCCACCUGUCGUUGGCGCAAUAAUCGGAGUUGUGAUUGGGUUGGUACCAGCAUUGCACAGACUCUUUUUCAACACGCAGGAGGAAGGUGGCUACCUGAACGCCUGGCUCGAGUCCGCCCUCUCCAACAUCGGCGAGCUGUUCCCGGCUCUAAUGGUUGUCAUCGUGGGUGUGAAACUUUCGACGUCGCUGUUGAGGAUGAAAAAAGGCGACGAGAGCGGCACCGUUCCCUGGAUCCCACUCGUGCUCAUCACCCUGGUCCGCUUCUUCAUCUGGCCAGCGAUCAGUAUUACCGCCGUCUACUUCCUGGCUUCCAGAACGAGUGUGCUGGGUUCAGAUCCAAUUCUGUGGUUCGCGAUGAUGUUGGCCCCGACGGGGCCGCCGGCGCUGAUGUUGACUGCGUUGGCGGACCUUGCAGGGGCGGAUGAACAAGAGAAGAUGGGGAUCGCAAAGUUCUUGACGAUUGAGUACGCUGUUUCACCAAUGAUCUUUCUGACCGUGGUGGGAAGCUUGAAGGCCUCAGAAGCCGCCGUGCGUAACAGUUAA